GAAAUUAGCGUGUUGUGUUUCUAAAAGUCCCACAGUCCAAAUCUGCCGCUUGGUAGAAUAUUAGCUAAACUAAACUAGGCUAAGCUAAGCUUUAUGUUUAAAGUUUUACCGAAAUGGCAGCAGAUAGUUUAAGGUGGGACACGCUGGAGGCUUUAAAAAACUCUUCGAAGGGUAAACUCAAAUACAGCCCAGACUGGCUGGAGAAAGGGGAGGAUAUUCUCGCAGGCUGUAAAGAGGUUACCAGCCUCUCGCCUCUAUCAGGUGCUAUUCUGAAGAGACUGAGCCCUCGACCUCUGCUCAAAAACUGUUCACUGGGUUCUCCCAUCCGUGAUACGAGUCUUUCCACCUCUGAAGAUGUUCCUUUGUGCAGUUCAGCUCCCAUCAGUCCACACCACACCCUCACCUCUCCGUUAUCACCUGCCACCUCGCCUCCGCUGGCCUCUAUUGAAAGUGAAGAGAAGGUAAAUGAGGAUAAACUGGAAAAUUCACACUCCACAGUGGACCUCAGCCCUGUUCCCUGCAGCACUCCACCACCAGCAAUCUCCCUCCUUUCUCCCAGAGCCUCUCAGAUGGCAGGGUGUAUUCGUAUCUGUGAGGAAAAACAUCGAUCUAAAGCCAAGGCGGAGUUGAGUCUGAGGCAGGAGCUGCAGGAGAGGCUGGUAGCUACUGUGGCCAGCCGUGAGUCUGAGCAGCUGAAACGCUUUGAGGAGUUUAUGGAGCUCAAACAGAGGCAGGAGUAUCAGAGCGUGAGGGACAUGGUGGAAAAAGACACGCAGGAAACCCUCGGCCGACAAGAGAAACUGAAGGAGGAGCACAGACAUAGAAUGAAGAUCCUGAACCUGCGUCUGAGGGAGGCGGAGCAGCAGCGGCUGCGAGAGGCGGAGCUGGAGAAGCAGAGACUGGUGGAGGGCAGGGACAGGCUGAGGACACUUAAUGCCAUUCAGGAGGAGGUUCUUCAGCUCAAUCAGCUCCUCGAACCUUCAUCCUCCACACAGACGGGGCUCACCGUGGAUCACACGUCUUAUAUCACCCGCGGCAACCAGCUGUGCUCACAAGUAUCGGAGGUGGUGCGCACCACGGCGGAAGGACAGUUUCCUAGUGUGGAGGACAUGACUGUAGCAGAACGGGCCCUGCAAGAAAUGAGGUCGCUCCUCAGAGCCUUGCAGGAGGGAGUGGCUCAUGCUCAGGAGAGGAAGAAGAAGGAGCAGGAGAAAGAAGAGGAGAUGAAGAAACAGGCAGAACUGAAAGCCCAGCAGGAGGAGCAGAAGAAGAGCGCAGCGGCAUCUGCUAAAGAGAAAUCCAGAAAACAAGGUCUGCAGAAUAGCGCUGAAGAAAGCACCUUAAAAUGGUACAAAGAGCUGCAGGAAACGGCAAACCAGUGCGCUCAGGCUUUUGAAGACCUGAACAACACCAAAGAUAUGCAGACAAAGAAAUUGAGGAUGGAACUCCAGAAGGCAGCCACAAUUCCUGUCAGCCAGAUCUCCAGCAUUUCAGGCUCUCAGCUAAAGGAGAUUUUUGACAAGAUAGACAAGUUGUUAUCGGGGCGUCCAACUGUGUCUGGUGGGAAGUCCGUGUCCACGUCCCAUCAUCCCCAUGGACUGGAAUAUGUUAGCUAUAAAUUAGCAGAGAAAUUUGUGAAACAAGGGGAGGAGGAGGUGGCGUCUCAUCACGAGGCGGCGUUCCCUAUCGCGGUGGUGGCCUCGGGAAUAUGGGAGCUGCACCCUAAAGUAGGAGACCUCAUACUGGCCCAUCUCCACAAGAAGUGUCCUUACUCUGUUCCACACUACCCACCUAUGAAGGACGGGACCUCCAUGGAGGAGUACCAGAGGAUUCUGGGAUAUCGUGUAGAUGAGUCUGGUGUGGAGGUGCAGGACAGUUUCCUGAAGAGGAUGUCUGGGAUGAUCCGGCUAUAUGCAGCUAUAAUACAGCUAAGAUGGCCACACAGCAACAAACAAGGGCCUGAUCCUCAUGGACUUAAUCACGGUUGGCGUUGGUUGGCACAAAUGCUGAACAUGGAGCCCCUUGCUGACGUCACAGCAACACUCCUGUUUGAUUUUCUGGAGGUCUGUGGAAAUGCUCUUAUGAAACAAUAUCAAGGGCAGUUCUGGAAACUUCUGCUGCUCAUCAAAGAGGAGUAUUUCCCCAGGAUUAAAGCCGUCACCAGCGCUGGUCAGAUGGGUUCAGUAACUAGACUCAAUCAGUUUUUAGAGAACUCUUUAAGGAAAAAGCAGAUUGAUCCACCGAAAGGACAACUAACUUCAUCCUUCUGGAGAUCUUGAUGUUUUUUAAGAAAUAUAGUCAAAUCCAAGGCAUACUUCAUAUAAUGACACAAAAACCAAAGCCAGCUUCUCACAUUCAGUCUGUAUAAUAUGUAUAAUGAUGUGAAAGGGUCAUGGCUUUAUUGUGCCCAGAAUAAGCAGUUGUUGGUUUUGGUGGUGAUUUACUUUUUGUUCCCCAAAUUACAGAAUUACAGCUCAAGCAGAGCUGUAAAUUUUACCGCUUAAAUGUGUGCAUCACUGUCCAAUGAAAAUAAGUAUCUCCAAAUUGUUAACUUUACAGAAGAAACUAUAUUCUAAACUUUAAAUGAAGGUUAAUGUGAUUUUUCAUGUAAUGUUAGUCUAUUCAGUUAGAGUCAUUUACACUGUGCACAGAGUUCACAUGAUGCUUUGCAGUGGACGGCAAUUAUUAUACAACAAAUCAAAUUUUAGCAUAUAUUUUAUAUAUAUUUUUUGUUGAGUUUUAUCUGUUUAGUUAUUGUUAAUGCUUGAUUUUAUUUCAUGUCGUUUUUUUGUUUUGUUUUUUUAAAACAUUUUGUUUUUGUUCAAACCCAAUGUGCCCAUGUAAUAAUGAAUCAUGAAGUAAUCCAUACUGUGAGAUACAGUCACAGCAAAAAGCUUCAAUAAGAAAUGGACUGUGUAUCCACUGGUAUAUUUAUCAGUUAUACUGAUUAAACAUGUACAUAAACAAAGAGUAGAAACAC